GGCACUGAUCCACUGUCUGUGGAUUGCUCUUACCUGGGUAAAGUAGAAAUCAAUGGACCUAUUUUUUCCAUCUGAUUACACUGUAUGCGAACAGAGAAAAGUUCAGGCAUACAAAUCUGCAGUUGGAGAGUGUUAACAAGGAUGGCCUUGUUCUGUAGGGAAGAAGUUGUUAAUGAUCUGUAAGCACAACAGCCCGGCAGUAACCUGAUUUUGACUUGCAGAGCUAAGGAAUAUGGACACCGAACAAGCAAGUAAGUCUUUGGAUGAUGUCCAUCAAAUCUCAAGUGACUCAUCAGCCUUUCUGCCAGAAGCAGGACAUUCUUCGGAUAAAUACUCAGCAACAGAGGAGGAAUGGCAAGCCCAACAAUGCAAAGGAUCAUCAGAUUCCAAUCAUAUACAAUGCCAACAUUACCUCAUGACCACAAGGGAGCUUCAGAUGUACUGGAAGAAGGAAAAGCACAGCAGCAAACCAGAUACACUUCUCUUUGAAAUACAGUCUGCACGCAUAGCUGAGGAUUUUUUAUCCAAGUUUGUGGUAUAUCAAAUCGUCAUUAUCAGAACAGGCAGUUUUGAUGAAAACAAUGUCUUCAUUGAGCGAAGAUACUCUGACUUUGAGAAGCUUCACAGAACUUUAUUAAAAGAGUUUAAAGAAGAAAUGGAAGAUGUGGUAUUUCCAAAGAAAGUGCUUAUUGGAAACUUCACCACCGACAUGAUAAGCAAGAGAAUGCUUUGCUUGAAAAAUUACCUUGAUGAGUUGUAUGCCAUAAAAUACAUUAGGUGGUCCAAAAUAUACAUUGACUUUUUUUUGGAUCCUGAACUAGAUGAGGGUUACAGCUGUCUCAGAGGAGGGCAGUAUAAAAAAGCCACGGAAAUUUUCCAACAAAUUGUGUGUUUACAGGAAAAGCUAAUACAGCACUGCUCCAUAUUAAUUGUGCCACCUCUCUGUGCACUGGUUGUGUGUCAUAAAGACUUGGAGGAUCUCCAGAAAGCUUAUGAAGUAGGUAUUCAUGCUUUGACACUGGUAGAAAAGCACCCAGGACACAAAUAUUACAUCCCAUUAUUGGAGACGUUGAUUUCAUUGGCAUACAAACUGGGUAAAGACUUUUUGUCUUUGAGGGAAAAGUUUGAUAUAGGAAAAAGCAGGAUGAUGAAAGGCCUUGAAAUCGAAAUGUUUACGCUGAAGGAGGUUGCAGUCAGGGAACGCCUUCAUUAGAAGCAGAUAUCAAUAACAGGAAAAGCAUGAGGCAAAUCUGUGGGCAUGACUUACUUGUAAAAUAAUAUGAUCUUUUGAACUGGAAGGGGGUCCGCUGUGCUAGGGGAGAGAAUGGUUAAGAGGCUGGAGAAAUGUUUAAACUACAGUAGACAAGGGGGGUGGGUGAGCUAGAGUUUUAUGGGAAAGCUAGUGUAGACGGGGCAGUGGGACUAGCA